GUAAGAAAAGCAUUAGUCAUUUUAGUAACACCAAAUCAGCUCAUACUUGUGGUAGGGUUUGUCAUGAUGCUUCACUACUUCAGCUUCUCUUGUUCCAACCACCAUCCCAUGAUAUUUUGACGCAAUAUCGAAAUUGCACCUUCCCUUGACGUCUACAUUUUUUUUAAUAAAUUUUUCCCUAUUAAUUUCACUAAUCUAUAAUCUCUCCCUCUCUAUAUCCCUCUCUUUUCGAAUCACCCUUUGAUCAUCCUCGCCUUUUUCUCAUCAAUUCACACACAUAUAUUAAUAUAUAUGCUCUUCACAACCUAGUGAAUAACACUCACAAAAGCAAUGUAUUCUUCAAUGGCAAUAACCCUACUACUUCUUCUCACCCUAGCGGUUUUAGCCACCUCCACUUCAAGGCACUCCCUUGAAGCCGCGAAAACCGGCUUCGCGGUGAGCCUAAAGCACGUGGACUCCGGCGGGAACUUCACCAAACUAGAGCUCCUCCAACGCCGGAUGAAGCGCGGGAGAAAGCGGAUGGAGAGGCUCUACGCAAUGGCCCUUGCCUCCUCCGACCCCAGCGUCUCCGCCCCGGUCCACGCCGGCAACGGCGAGUUCCUCAUGGAGAUCUCCAUCGGCACCCCGCCGUCGUCCUACUCCGCCAUCGUGGACACCGGCAGCGACCUCAUCUGGACCCAGUGCAAACCCUGCAAGCAAUGCUUCACCUCCCCAAACCCUAUCUUCGACCCCAAAAAAUCCUCCUCCUUCUCCAACCUCCCUUGCUCCAGCCGCCUCUGCGCCGCCCUCCCCCUCUCCUCCUGCAGCGCCGACGGCUCCGCCUGCGAGUAUCUAUACACCUACGGCGACUACUCGUCCACGCAGGGCGUCAUGGCCACGGAGACUUUUACAUUUGGAAAAGUGUCCGUCCCCAAAGUCGGGUUCGGGUGCGGGCUAGACAACGAAGGAGGCGGGUUCAACCAGGGAGGCGGGCUAGUCGGGUUGGGCCGCGGCCCGCUCUCGUUAGUCUCCCAGCUCGACGAGCCCAAAUUCUCCUACUGCCUCACAUCCAUCGAUUCCACAAAGCAAAGCAAGCUAAUCAUGGGAUCCUUAGCGAGCGUCGACGCUAAGGAUUCAAUCAUGACGACGCCGCUGUUAAAAAAUCCAUCGUCUCCAUCGUUCUACUAUCUCAAUUUACAAGGGAUCACCGUGGGCGACACGAAGCUGCCGAUCAAGGAGUCGGUUUUCAGCAUCAAGGGGGACGGGAGCGGGGGGAUGAUCAUCGAUUCGGGGACGACGAUCACGUACCUGGAGGGGAGCGCGUUCGAGGCGGUGAAGAAGGAGUUCAAGAGGCAGGUUAAGCUGGAGGUGGACGAGUCGAACGAGACGGGGUUGGAUCUGUGCUUCAAGGUGCGGGAGGGGGAGGAGAAGGUGGAGGUGCCGAAGCUGGUGUUUCAUUUCGAGGGGGCGGAUUUGGAUCUGCCGGGGGAGAACUACAUGAUCGGCGACGCGAGCGGGGUGGCGUGCUUGGCGAUGGGGGGGUCGAGUGGGAUGUCCAUAUUUGGGAAUGUGCAGCAGCAGAAUAUGCAAGUGGUGCAUGAUCUUGUAAAGGAGGCGAUUUCGUUUCUGCCUAAACAGUGUGAUGACUUGUGAUUUCAUUGUGUUUACACGCAAAGAAAACUAUUUCGUUUCAUUGUUUGUGUGUGCGCGAAAGGGAAGGAGGAUUUUACUUUCAUAUUCAAUUCCACUUUUCACUUACUAUUA